AUGCAAAAAUUAAUUAAUCAUGUACGAAACUAUAAUGAAUUUACAUUUGAUACUGAAGGUGAAAAAUCAACCAAACAAUUAGCAUUAAUUCAAAUUCAAACAAUACCUCAACAAUUACCAUUUUUUGUUAUAUUAGUAGAACUUGCACAUUUACCGGAAUUUCCAUCAUCAUCACGAGCGAAUAACAACCCAACAAAUACAAAUAUUAAUCAACAAAUAAUUAAGAAUACUAAUGAUGAUGAAAUAACAGUUAAUCGAUGUAUUAUAAUUACUAUUAAUAAUGAUAUGUUAUAUGAAGAAAUUUCAAAUGAUGAUAAUGAAUUAAAUAAAGCAUUAUCACUAAAUAAUAAUGAAUCAUUAUAUGAAGCAAUAUCAGAUGAUGAUAAUGAACCAAAUUCAGCAUUACCACCAAGUGAUAAUGAAUUAUGUGUCAGCAACCAUGAUAUGGUUGAUGAUGUCAGUGAUUAUAACAACAACAACAACAACAAUCUUUAA